AUGACCAAUAUUAUAACCAGUAUGAAGACUCAUCAAUACUCAUCAAUACUCGAGAUUAUUCCACUUAUACCUCCAUCCAAGGCUCUUCAUAUCAAUAUGGCAGCUCGUAAAGUGAUUUUAAUCGAUAACUACGAUUCAUUUACCUGGAACGUUUACCAAUACCUUUGUGAAGGAGGUGCCGAUGUCGAAGUGUACCGUAAUGAUAAAAUUACUGUUGAUGGUAUUAUUGCCUUAAACCCUGAUAUGUUGGUGAUAUCACCUGGUCCUGGUCACCCAAAAACAGAUUCAGGUAUCUCUAGAGACUGCAUAAGAAAAUUUGCUGGUAAGAUCCCCAUCUUUGGUAUAUGCAUGGGGGAACAAUGUAUGUUUGACGUAUUCGGUGGUCAAGUGGAAUACGCUGGUGAAAUUGUUCACGGUAAGACUUCUCUAGUGAACCACGAUAAUAAAGGUCUUUUCAAAAAUAUUCCUCAAGGUGUGGCGGUUACCAGAUACCAUUCUUUGGCCGGUAGUGCAGUUACAGUCCCAGAGGAACUGGAAGUAUCCGCCACAUUAGAAAAUGGGAUUAUUAUGGGUGUAAGACAUAAGAAGUAUACGAUAGAGGGAGUCCAAUUCCACCCGGAAUCGAUUCUUACCGAAGAAGGACACCUAAUGAUUGAAAACAUGCUAAAUGUGUAUGGUGGUACUUGGGAAGAAAAUGAGAAGAAGGACACCAGGGGGCAAAGUGGAUCCAUUCUUGAUCGGAUUUAUGCCCAGCGUCGUGAGGAUGUAGACGCUCAGAGUCAUAUCGCAGGUUUUACAACAAAAGAUUUGGAGACAAAUUUCCAGUUAGGAUUGGCGCCCACUGUACAAGAUUUCUACCAAAGAUUGAAAAAUAGUCCUGGUAGGGCCGCUGUUCUGGCUGAAGUGAAACGUGCGUCGCCUUCCAAGGGUGAUAUCUGUCCCGAUGCUAAUUCUGCUCAACAAGCAUUGAGAUACGCUAAAGCCGGUGCAGCCACCAUAUCGGUACUCACAGAACCACACUGGUUCAAAGGUAGUUUGCAGGAUAUGAUCAAUGUCAGAAAGGCUUUAGACGUGGAAUUUAGCUCGAAUCCCAAAGGGAGACCAUGUGUUCUACGCAAAGAGUUCGUGUUCUGCAAAUACCAAAUUUUAGAGGCAAGAUUGGCUGGUGCGGAUACCGUUCUUUUGAUUGUUAAGAUGCUUUCACAGGAUGAACUGGUGGAAUUAUAUCAAUACGCCACAAAGGAAAUGGGGUUUGAACCAUUGGUGGAAGUUAACACAAAACAAGAGAUGGAACGUGCUCUUCAGAUUGGCGCCAAGAUCAUUGGUGUUAACAAUAGAGAUUUACAUUCUUUCACGGUUGACUUGGAUACAACUAGUAAUUUGGUGGAUUCUGUACCAAAGGACGUUUUAUUAAUUGCACUUUCUGGUAUUACUACAGCCCAGGAUGCCGAGAAGUAUAAAAGUGAGGGGGUUCACGGAUUCUUAGUCGGUGAAGCUCUGAUGAGAAGCUCUGACCCAAGCACUUUCAUCCGCCAAUUAACAGCAUAA